AAGAAAAACUCGACAUAUAGCGAGCAAGGGUGUUUAAGUACGAUACUUUUAAUCAAAAACUUUAAGCGGGUGUUGACCUUUCACCCUUCUUUUCUGAUAGUACCGUUGCGUGUUUGUUAGCUAGGCUAGCUAAGCUAUCUGCAACAUGAGUUAUGGUAGGCCCCCGCCCGAUGUUGAGGGCAUGACUUCUCUUAAAGUGGAUAAUCUGACGUACCGAACCUCACCUGAGACCCUUCGCCGUGUCUUCGAAAAGUAUGGUAGGGUAGGAGAUGUUUACAUCCCCCGAGAUCGUUAUACGAAAGAGAGCAGAGGGUUCUCCUUUGUGCGAUUCCAUGACAAGCGGGAUGCAGAGGAUGCGAUGGACGCGAUGGAUGGUGCGGUGCUGGACGGGCGCGAGCUGAGAGUCCAGAUGGCACGCUACGGACGUCCCCCAGAUUCUCACCAUGGAGGUGGUGGUGACCGUGGAGAGCGUGGUGACCGUCGGCGUGGAGGUGCUCCCCGGAGGUACGGGGGUGAUGGCCGACGAAGUAGGAGGUAAGAGCUGAGCACAUGGUUAAGUAGUUGCUCUAGCUCUCCUUCGAUUGGGUCGUUUUUCAUUGUUAGAUAUGUAGUAAUUAUUUACAGUGAAAUUUACGUUUACUUGGCUAACGUUAGCUAUGACGCAUAAUGUUUGUGUAGGAACUUGAAUGUUGUAACGCUACCUUAUGGCCCUUGUAUCGAUUAUGUAGCGUCAAACAGCCACCAUUACAUGCAUGGUUCAUUGACCUGAUAAUUUAGCAGCGUUUUGAGGGUGCUGUGGCCUUACGUUUACCACUGUUUUAGAUGGGCGAUAACUCAACACACCGAACUUACUCUAGUUUUCCCCCCAGUCCCAGGCGUCGGAGACGCAGCAGAUCCCGGAGCAGAAGCCGAUCUCGUUCCCGCAGCCGUUCCCGCAACAGCCGAUCAAGGUCCCGUUCCUACUCUCGCUCCAAGUCCCGCUCCCCUAAGAGAGACAAGGCCAAGUCCCCAUCCAGGUCCCGCUCCAGAUCCAAAUCCAAGACCCCUAAGUCAAAGUCCCGUUCCAGGAGCCACACCCCUGCAGAAAGAGGCUCACGGUCAAGAUCCAAGAGCCAGCCCAAGUCACCUGGGGCGAAUGGCGCUGAAACCCCAUAGAUGAGUGACAAAAUGGUAAGUGUUGGGCAAGGAGAUGGGAAACACCUUAACACUACCUUUUUGUAAAUUGUUUGAGGUGAAGUCUAGCGUUACAAUUUAGUGUAUGAAUAGCAUGGGGAGGGUCAUGUGUGGGAUGGAUUUGCACUAUCUCUCCCUUUUCCAAUGGUUAUCUGUGGUUGAAUAGAAGGGGGUUGGUUGUGGGAUGUCUUGACCAAAUGUGAGCUGCUUUAACACUGUCUUUUUCCACCUCAAAAUGGUUAUGCAUAUUACUGUAACACUGGGCAUGGCAAAGCAGAAUGGAAAACUGUCCCAUAUGGUCGUUGCCUUAAACUCACAUUUGAUGGAUUUUUGGGACUAUUCCUUUGUCACAAUUUUACUCUGUCCUGCCCAAUGUUCCAGUUUCGUUAUCAGUGUAGAGGUCCGUUCUUGACAUGUACAUCUGUGGUAUUUGAAAAUAAUUUUUUACCAUCAAAAUAAAAUGUUCAAAAAAAAUCUGGAAUUCUUUCCUCCAAGCUGCGGAAUCCUGUUUGCAAAAGAGGAGUUUGAGGCAGUAUGAGCAGUUAGUGAGCUGGGUGUGUGAGCUGUCCGGGCACCUGCUGCUGUGGGGGUUGCUAUGGAGCAGGCCGGUUGCAGGUUGCAGGCCGGUUGCAGGUUGCAGUCAGUGUUGGGGUGGUGUUGAGGUACGUCUGCAGGACAAUGGACAGAAGCCUUGCAUUGUCCUCCAGGUCAUGCUCUCGGCCUUUUGGGGGCAAAUACUUGUGCUCAGGAGGGAACCAAGGUUUGUCUGACUCUGGUUUCUCAUGACAAGAUUUCUCAUUUUGUGAAGCCUGGGCGUCUCUUGACGUUGGUUCCUUCCUUGAACCAAACAAUUUCAACCAUCAGAAAUGGGUAUUGGCAUAGCUUUUGAUUUGGCUAAUUUUUUUCAAAUGUAGACUAGUUACCUACUAAUAUGGGGGAAAUGUGCUAUUCACAUGAAGUUGGCAUUACAUUGGCAGCUGAUUAUGCCAUGCAAAUGGCCUGGAGGUGUCUCCACGUCUAUCUGGAGGGAGGGGUGGUCAAGUUAACAAGUCGUCGCCACUUCAUUACUAGAGGUUUAAGACAAAAUGUAGCGAUUUGUUUUCCAACACCUGUUUCUUACAGCUUGUCUUUCAAACCUUUUUCAGAUGAGACGCCAAUGAGGACGUCAGACUGCGGACCCUGUCCAUACAAUGAUUUCUGGUGUAAAAGGUUAUUAUUGUAUCUUGACCGGAAGGUGUUUUUUUUUUUGUUUUUGUAUUUGUUUUUUGUUUGCCCAGACUUGUCUUUCAGUGUGCAAUGUUUUAAAUAAAUACUUACUGUGCUUUUGAGGUAGGUGGGCAAUACUGCUGGGAUUUGAAUUAGUUGGACUGCAUGGCUAUUUUCAGUAUCUAAAACUGUCAUAGUGAAGAUUUGCUGGCCUAGCUUUUACAACUGUUAUUUUGGGUUUCAUGAGAACUGUUCAGGAAGAUAUGGGGUUAGUGAAAGGCCAUUACAGAAGUUUAAAUGGAUAGGGCUUCCAAAAGCUUUUAGGAUAAGUACGGAAAGAACCAAGCACAGAUUUACUUGCAAGUGAACUUUGCGAUGUAGGUUUAUCUUUAAUUUAAUUGUGACUCUAAUCUUCUCUCCUGUAUUUUUUGUGCACUAGGCGCAGUUGUGUAGCAGUUGAGUAUUGCUGGUUAGCUGUUAAGGUGGCGUGUUGCAGUGCUUGGCUGUUUCCAGUGUUCUCCGGGAAUGCCCCUGUGGCUACAAUGCUGUGAUGGUGGCCAACUUAAAUGGCUGCUACAAAUUCACCAUCGGUAGAAUGCCUGUCUUGCUUUCAACACAAGUUUUAAAUGUUCUCUAAUUCGGAGCACCAAGUAUGGUAUGCUAAUUUUUGUUUGUUUCAUUGUCAAACAGAACAGAUGCAUUCUGUCUUGCCCUUUUGUGCAUUCCUUUUCCCCCUUGCAAGAGUAUAAGUGUCCAAUGUGAAAGCUAAUAAAAAUUAUCUUCUAAAA